AUGAGUAUAUUCAAAAUCGCUUGUUUCUUUGCGGCUGUCAAAUGCGUUCUGUAUCUCAUAGUAUUCUUGGCACCUGCGAUACAGUUUGAUACAUCGACGAAUCUUUUCCUAGAGCGUUUUGCCAGUGAAGAAGACAUCAAUAUAUGGUGGAAUGUUAGACUGUGGAAUAAGCUAGUGUCGUGGGAUGCCGUCUUUUUCUUGAAAAAUGCUAUGAGACAUGAUAGCAGACCAGAAUAUGAGCACGAGAAUGCUUUCUCUUUACUAUGGUGUGAUUUGAUCAGGAAAGCGUGUCGUGGCGAUCUCAGCUUUUACCAUGUGUUAAAGAUGGCUGUCAUACUCGAAAACUGCCUACACUUGGGUGCCACCAUUGUUCUAUAUUUCGUAACACUCAGAACUUUCAGGGCCAACGCCUUCAGAUUGCACCAUCGUCAUCUCCUAGCUCAAAAGACCGCUAUGCUGUUUGUUGCAGGCAGUGCGUCAGGAUUCUUUCUUGGGGUCUAUUCCGAGCCACUGUCAGCACUCUUGACAUUCUCAGGAAUGCUCUGUCGUGAAUACGCUACAGGAUAUGACGUCCGUGGUGCGUUGGUGAUACCUUGGACGAAAUGGCCGAUCUAUACCAUACUCUCCACGUUCUGCUUCGCCGCCGCUUUUGCAGUGAGACCAAAUUGCGUCCUGUUGGGUUUGUAUUACGUUUUUGACCUUUGGAAUCUUUUGAAGUCAAAGAACUACCGCAAAGCAACGUUCAUGCCCCUGCUCAGUGGUCUCGGCAUGUUUUGCUUUCUAGUCUACUAUCAAUACUACGCACCAUAUCAAUACUACUGCCCCGAAAGAGGAGAGUGGUGCGCUAAAAAGAUCUGGAAUCUGCCGGUAAGCUAUGAGUCGCUCUACAGCUUCAUUCAAAGCCGCUACUGGAAUGUGGGCUUAUUACACUACUGGACUCUGAACAACAUUCCCAAUUUCAUCAUUGCUCUUCCAAAUGCAAUCAUUUUAUGGUUCUCUGCGAUAUACUUUUCGCAUCAAUACCCCUGCCCUAACCUGAGACCCUUGGUAUUGAUAGUGAGGGUGUUCUUGGUCGUAAUGGUUUUUUUUGCACAUGUUCAGAUUAUCAAUAGAGUAGCCUCCUUUUUGCCGCUCCAUCUGUGGUACAUUGCAGAUCGCCAUAACAAGUUGAAGUUCACUAAAGAUGAGAACAUGAAGGGUGACGAUAAAUUAGUAAGAUUCUACGUCAUUUGGCUUGUCUUCUGGCUUCCACUUCAAACCUCGCUUUUCGCUUCGUUCCUUCCCCCGGCAUAA